CUUCCAUUGCAUUUUCUAUAACAAUUUUGUCGUGAUGUUCAGGUAAUUUUUUAUUGUAAAGACAAGGUCGAGCUUUUAUUAAAUCAAUGAAUAAAUCGUCCAAUUCUUUCUCAAUAAUUUCUAUCGAUGAAUUUAAAUCGAUUUCGUCGAGUACAGGCAUUUUAAACACUAUUUAAAUCCACUAUGCAAACAAUAGCAUAUGUAGCGUUUAUGUAGCCCGUCAAGGUUAUGUUUGAAUCUGUCGCAUCAGCUGAUGAACUGCCCAUAAACUGCCCUAUACUAUUGCAGAUUGCACGCACAAGAAUAGCCUGUACGUAUAACUACUGAAUCAACAAGUAAUAAAGUUACUACUUUAACAAAUUAGACUUAUUUUUGAUCGGAAAUUUUCACAAUAGCUGUAUUUCUUACUUUAUUUUGUAAAUUUGUAUAAUAAUUACAGAAUGGACCACAAUAUUUAUUUUAAUCCAAGUAUGCCAGCUGAACAUGAGUUUAUCGCAAGAGAAUUCGAGGAUGACGAAAACUUUGAUUACAAACUAAUUAAAAAAGUGGAAAUUUUCACUUUUCUCUACAACAAUCAAAGAAAAAAGCCAGAGAAAGUUUCUGCUGCAUGGAAAAAAAUAAGUGCAAGUCUUGGUAAAACAGAUGAGUGCCAAAAAAGAUGGUUAAGAUUACGCCAAUAUUACUCGAAGGAACGACAAAGAAGGGAAUCAGGAGUAUCAUCUUAUAAGUGGCCACUGUACGAUGCAAUGGCAUUCCUAAUCCCAUUUAUAAAAAAGAAAAGAACUGGAUCGCAAAAACAGAAAGUAUCAGCUAGCCCACCUGUAGUAAAAAGCCAAGAAUCAUCAGUAGCGAAUACAAAAUCAAAUUUGGAGUCAAGGUCUAUGAAUUCAGAUGAAUUUGAUGGAUUUGAUGGAUUUGAGGAUGUGGAAUAUGACUUUAACGUCGAACAAAUAGUAGAAGAGCAGACUCUGCCUACUACUACGUCUCCUGGUACUAAUAUUGCAUCUGCUACUACUGUUGUUCCUGAUGAUACUGUUGCUUCCGCUGCUGCUACUGUUCCUCGUGCUUUUUCUCCUAUUGGUAAUUUUCCUGAUGAUACUGUCGUCCCUAAAAGUCCUGCACACAAGGACAACAGUGAUGUACCUGAAUCACCUUCGAAUAGCCCUAAUUUGAGUAUAAAUUCAUUAAGUACAAGUUAAUUUUAUUAUGUAUUGUAUAUCAAUGUCCUAUUUUUAUUUUAGAUACCAUCUCCCACCGAUACAUAUCCUACAAAAGUCCGUUCUCAUGAAAAAAGCAAGAAAAAUGAUCAACCAAAGGUUAACGAUGAGGAAAACAAAAUCAUAGCAGAACUAAUUCACAAAAGACGACAAAAAUGUAAUGAUAUUUCAAAAAGAAAUAAUUUAAUUAUAAAAGUUAUUGAUAUUAUCUUUGAUUAGAUGUAA